CUUCAAACAUUCGCAAUAUUCCGUUGCAUUUGCACAUUCCAAUUGCAUCCCCUUCAAAGCAAACUCAAAACCCAAAACCGACGCAUUCAUACCCUUCCCUUUUUGCAGCUCUCUCUCUCAGUAGGCCUCCACAUUUUGUCUGAUCCAGUAGGUAAUAAACAUGCAGAAACCAAAGGAAUUGCUGAAAGAAGUGUUGAUUUCAGACUCGCCAAAUAGUAGCAGUAAAGCGGCGUCGUGUACUAGAAGAGGCCCCAAAAUUUCUCAUCCUCCUAUUGAAACUUACUGGCAGCUACCGCCCAUAAAAGAGCAGCGCCGCCGCGGCCUCAUGAAAGUUCUUUCGCAGCCAUUCAAGUACAGGUGGAGGAGCCAGUCUCAGAAACUGCUUCUCGAAGGGGCUCAUAAUCCUAAAGAUGAUAAAAUUGUUGAUGCGUUUCGUGAAUUGCUUUUUCUUGAGGGUCACUUAUCAGAGAAGCAUUUGGAUUAUCAUACUCUUUUAAGAUUCCUUAGAAUGAGAGACUAUGAUCUUAUGAAAGCUAAAGACAUGUUUGUGCAGUAUGUUAAGUGGCGAGAGGAGAUGCGCAUUGACACAAUCUUACAGGAAUUCAAGUUUGAAGAAUAUCAAGAAGUGAGGAAAUGUUAUCCUCAUGGAUAUCAUGGAGUUGACAGAUAUGGCAGGCCGGUUUAUAUUGAAAGAAUCGGAAUGAUUGAUCUUGACAAGUUUCUUCGAGUAACUACCAUUGAGAGAUUCGUGAAGCAUCACAUAUAUGAACAGGAAAAGACUCUGAGCUGGAGAUAUCCUGCGUGCUCACUUGCUGCAAAGAAACACAUAGCUUCAACCAUAAGUAUCUUGGAUGUGAAGGAUGUGGGAAUGAACCAUUUUUCAAAACCUGCUAGGUAUCUGUUUAUGGAAAUUCAAAAAAUUGACAGCAGCUAUUAUCCUGAGACACUACAUCUGCUUUUUAUAGUAAAUGCUGGACCAGGAUUUAGGGUACUUUGGAAAGUAAUCAAAGCGUUUCUUGAUGCCCGCACCUUGGCUAAGAUCAGAGUGUUGGGAUCUGACUACAAAAGUAGCCUAAUUGAAGCUAUUGAUCCAAGUAAUCUCCCGAGUUUCUUGGGUGGUGACUGUGCGUGUCGUGACACUGGUGGGUGCCUCUUUAGCGACAAAGGACCUUGGAAUGAUCCUGAAAUCACUGCAACACUUGAGGCAAUGCUGUAUACCGAGGAUGGGGAGGAAGGUGAGGAGGGGAAGUGUUCGAGCAAAAAGAGUGCAUUCUUUGGUCACAAUAGUUCUGGAUGCGAAGAUGCGUUUCCAACAGAUGAGAUCGCCAGAGACUCGAGGAAACAGCCUCUCGUACAGAAGAUCCAAGCUUUUGAGCCUGUCGUUGAAGAUGCAAAAGAAAAAAUCAGGAUGCUUGAAACUGCAUUGGAAGAUACCAAGUUGGUCUUAAAAGAACUUGCACAGCAUAUGGAAGAGCUGAAGGGAAUGACUAAACUAUCAUAAAACAGUUACUGCAUCAGAAAAUAAAUGUCACAUAUAUAUCUUGUUUGGCAAUGUCUGUUUAAUAAGUUUGUCAUGACCACUCUUUGUUGCUUCACUAAGUUUUCUUAAUCUUUUACCAAUGACUAAAAUCAUUUACACAAUCUAUAUAUCCAACCUAUUGUAAUUCGGUUUUGUGACAAUUUAGUAUAAUGAUUGAUGAACAUGAAAUCAACUUUG